CACUCAAAUGAUAAAUCGGUCGAAACACUGGGAAAAAGAUUUUAAAAUCCUUCCUUGCUCCUUGAUAAAAUUCAUACCACAGAUUGAAAGCCGCCGAGAAAACUAAUUAAUCAAUCAUGGCUACUUCUACACAGAGUUCAGGCACCAUAAAGUACCUCUAUAUACAUUUUUCUAAGCGUGAAAUAUCGUUUUAGAGAAUAAUAUCUUCGUGUAAGUCUUUUUAAGCCUUUCGGUUUAAUGACCCUUCUGCUUUUCUGGUAAAUCCGCUUACCUUUCUGAAAACAGUGUUUUAUUCCACCCAAUUCUGCACUUCCAGCUACUGUUGAGCAGCUAACAGUAUAAUACCAUUGUACCACAGUUACACAGAAGAGAGAAAAAAUAUCAGUUCAACUCAGUUAAACGUUAGAAUUACAAACGCCAGUUUGACGAUAGAAUUUUAAAAAUUCAACCCAGUUCGACGUUAGAAUUAAAACAUCACACCGACCCUUCAUCAGGUUAAAAAAAAAUGACAGAUUCUGAAGAGAAAAAGGUUGCAGAUGCUGGAUUUGAAAAGAAACCAACUUCGAAGCGAACACACAAAAAACUGAAAUCAACCGGCAGCAUUUCAAUUGAAGAAGAGGAGGCAAAUCUGGCCCAAAUAUCUCUGGAGCAAGAGGGUCUUCUGGCAGAAGAAAAGCAGGAGCUGGACACCUUCCUGGAAACUGCAGAGGAGUUGGAGGCAUCUCAGAAUGACCAACAGAAGUUAUCAGACUCGGCCAAUCAAGAACCGAUGCGAGAUUCGAGUAGUCCCAAUCCCAUGUCAUAUGCCAAUCUAGUGUUGGAGAAGACAGAAGAGGUGGAGGCGACUUACAUCACCACUCCAGUCGAGAUACCACAGCCACUCGGAUCCACCACCGACGACGGCGAGAACUCAUGAUGGCCUCGGCAAAUUUUUAAAAACUGAAAUAGAACUGAUGUUACUGUUCUUAUGUUUUGUAUUCGAGUUAUCAGCUCUGGAUAGAGACCAAUGACUCUAGUUUUUUCUAUUAGUGUAUCUUGCCAUUUUUCAUCUUGAUGGCCGGCUGCGACAAUCAAAUUUGGAUUUCUAAAUUGUCAAACGACUUUGACUGCAAAAAUGGUUCAUCAAGCUAAGACUUCAUACUUUUAAAACAAUAGGAGAUAAAAGGCAAAAUAUUUUUUGUAGACAUUGCGUGACAUAGAAUUUUUCCAUCCAAAAUCCUAAAGGUGGUACUUUAUCAACAAAUAGGUUAACCAAGAUUCCCAGCAUUGAGCUGCGCUACUUAUAGCUACAUGGGAAACAUUCUAUGAUUUUGGGUUAUACAGUAAUAACAGUUUUUUUUGCGAUAUAUCCACUCCGAAAAAAUAAAUCAUCUUCUAACCACGAGUGAUUGUGAAUAUCCUUCUGCUCAUUGCACUUUUGCGCUUUACUUUAUAGUCAAUUUGCGCUUUCAACAAUUGUAUUGAGGAAUAUUUAUUUCUCUGUAUUACAAAACAAUGGUAUAUUGCUAGUUUAUAUUCGGAAUUGUAAAAUAAAAAUAUCUUGUUUAAUUUUACAUGACUAUUUAGUCCAAAUUAUAGAAACAAGAAACAA